AGGGCCAUCGCUCGCCGCCUUUCCCCCUCUCUCCCAUCUCAUUCCCCCCUCUCCACCCCAUUCCUUUCAUCUUUAAGCUCGCCCCGGAAUUCCCUGGCGAAAACCCAGACGUUCCCGACGACCAUUCUCCAAGCGCGCACGAUGGCCUCCACAUUGGGGUCCACCCCGGAUUUCAACAAGAUCCUUUACACUCCUCUCGCCGAGGCAGACCCGGAGGUGCAGAACAUUAUCGACAAGGAGACAUGGCGCCAAUUCUCCGGUCUCGAGCUGAUCGCCAGCGAGAAUUUGACGUCGCUGGCGACGAUGCAAGCCAACGGUUCUAUCCUCACCAACAAGUACUCUGAGGGAUUGCCGGACCAUCGGUACUACGGCGGUAACGAAUGGAUAGACGAGCUUGAGGUCCUGUGCCGCAAGCGUGCCCUGCAGGCGUUCCACCUUGACCCCGCUAAGUGGGGAGUCAACGUGCAGCCCUAUUCCGGCAGCACUGCCAACUUCGCCGCCUUGACGGCGCUCCUCCAGCCCCAGGACCGCCUGAUGGGUCUCGGCCUCCCUGAUGGUGGUCAUCUCACUCACGGCUACUACACCGCGAAGAAGAAGAUGACUGCAUCCUCCAUUUACUUCCAGUCCCUCCCGUACUCCAUCGACCACUCCAACCAGCUCAUCGACUAUAAGGGCCUCGCGACUCAGGCUCGCAUCUUCAAGCCCCGCUUGAUCAUCUGCGGCGCAUCGGCUUAUCCUCGCGACUGGGACUACGCUGAGCUCCGCAAGACAGCUGACGAGCACGGCGCGUUCUUGAUGGCCGAUAUCGCGCAUACGUCUGGCCUCGUCGCUGCCGGCGAGCUCGCCGAUCCGUUCCAGUACUGCGAUGUCGUCACGACCACUACGCACAAGACCCUUCGUGGACCUCGCGCUGGCUUGAUCUUCUUCCGCAAGGACAGCAAGUACGCCGAUGACCUUGAGAAGCGUGUCAACGACGCUGUCUUCCCUGCUUGCCAGGGUGGUCCCCACAACAAUACCAUCGCCGGUAUCGCAACGGCCCUGCACCAGGCCUGCCAGCCGGAGUGGAAGGCGUACGCAAAGCAGGUGAUCAAGAACGCUCAGGCGCUUGCUGAGACCCUCGUCGCGAAGGACUACAAGCUUCAGACGAACGGCACGGACAACCACCUCGUGCUCUGGGACCUGCGCCCGCUCAAGCUAACCGGCUCUAAGCUCGAGAAGCUGUGCGAUCUUGUCGGUAUCACCAUCAACAAGAACGCGGUGGCUGGCGAUACCUCUGCGCAGGUUCCUGGCGGUAUCCGUCUCGGCACGUCGGCGCUCACGUCGCGCAACAUGCUUGAGGACGACAUCAAGCAGGUUGGCGAGUUCCUGAACCGCGCGGUGCAGAUUGCGCUCGUACUCCAGAAAGAGGCGGGCAGCAAGCUACUCAAGGACUUUGUCAGGGUCGCAACCCAGGGCGGAGAAGGUCUUGAGGGCUACAAGCAGGUGAAGGAGCUCAAGAAGGAGGUGCAGGAGUUCGCACGCAAGUGGCCUCUGCCUGGUGUCGACGUCAGCGACCUCAAGCGGCCCGCUGGCAUCUCCGAGGACGACUAAGCUCGUCCUUGGGUGCUUGUGAGUUACAGAGUUGCGGGUUGGUGCUAUGUGGGAUUCUGGUGGCUGGUUCCGUUGAGAGAGAAGAUUCAACGUCAAAAUCUGUAGCAUUUCACUCGUCCCGGCGGACAUUCAACAUCGUCCGAUCCGUGUGUAUUCUAUCAUUGACGUAUACGUAUAUUAGACACAUGCUUUAUCUGGAUGUGCGUGUUGCAGGGCUUGGUGAAUCGAGACGUUUAGCAGUAAGGAUAUAUUCCCAGCACCGACCGAGCAAACUUGCGGGUCAAGGCCUUGCUGGUGCGCACGUUGAGGCAGUCAACGUGGCUAGCGCGUCAAAGGAUUAUCAUACUCCAUAUUGGGGUACAUUUCAUGGUACAUGUUCCAUCGUCCUCCCAGUUUAUCCCCUUACUCUCACCACCUUCCUUUUUCCCUUCUGUGCUCCUGCCCCUCCAGGUAGACCAGGUACCGGGCUCUCCUGCUGUGCGCUCAUGCCCGCUUUCACGGCAUCGACGAGCAUCCCGGUCGGCAGCGCCGGUGAAUAGGGCGACAACCGGUUCUGCAGCGGCGGGAGGGGCUCUGGCGGAACGGGCAGGCGCCGCUUGCUCGUCCGCUUCGUGGGCGGGGCCACGGCGGCGGACGGCGCCGGCUUGGACGCGGACGCGGGUUGUUUGCCUUUGGCGAUGACCUUGGUCGCGGGUUGUGCGGCUGCGGUGGCCGAGGCGGUCUCGGGUGGCGUGAAGUUGAAGGGCUUCUUGGGGAUGUUUUCGGGCUUCAGGUGGUGGAUCUGGAAGGUGAUUGCUUCCAGGAGCUGUUUCUUUGUCUUGAUGGCAGGGUUGACGAGCCUGCCAUCCUUCUUCCAUUGCACGCGCACGCGGCCGGGGUUGUCCCAGUCUCGCGGGUGAGCCUUGUUCACCUCGUGCAGCGUCCCGAGCCCGAGCCGGUUCGUCGCAUCCGCGAUGUCCUUGCUGAGCGGCCACCAUACCGCCUUCUCGCGUGCGACGCGACGUUGACCGGUGCCGUAGGCACGCUUGGCAUCGAUGUAGAGGGGGUAUAUACAUGUCCAUUUUUUGUACGGAGUGAUAUCUGUGACCGAGUUCUCUGGGCGCGAGGGCGGCGAUUGAGCCCCACGGAAUUGAGGAUGUGCGGGUGACUGGGGGUUGCUCGUAGACGGCGCGACGAGCUGCGGGGCGUCGUCGUCCGACUCGUCCUCAUCGGAGUCGCCGAUCUGCUCGAGAAUCGCGCCGCGAGGCCCAGUGUUGGCCAAGGGCCGGGAGGGCAGCGGAAUGUCGGUGUCGUCGUCGAAUUCUUCUUCAACGAUGGCGGCGCGACGAGACAUUCUGAGGUCCUCGAGUGGUGCAGCCUUCGUACAGAAGCCGAAUGUAUCUCCUUCAGGAGGGAUGCAGGGGUUCAAGAAAGAGAGGAAGGACGGAACGGAAGUGACAACAUCUGCUGCCUAUGCUUUUCAGUCACAAUGUCAUGAUGUUCAGAUGGCUUGUUCUUGCGCUAUGGUGCCUUUUCGUACUUUCGGUCAAUGCAGCAGACUCGCCGACGCCAACGUCCACAACGUCACAACCUCCUCGUCCAUCCGUGAUAUGCACGCCUUUUGGAGUUUGCGAGCCUUGUCCUGAAGACGCUCUACACCAGCCCUUUUGCCAACCGUUUGGCAACCGAAGACUCGUCCACUGUUCACCCAUCUCCUCGAACUCAACGUCCCCCGCCACAACCGCGCUCCCACAUCAGCCCAACCGCAAACCCGCGUCGAAAUUUCAGGGUGAGACGCCUGCUUGGGAGGCUUGUGGACGCAUCCCGGAGGUCGAGCGUGCAGACUUCUACGAGUUUGUCGCAAGCAACAUCGGCUUGGCGGCGGUGGGUGUGUUUGUGCUCUUCGCACGCACGAGGAGGAUGGAGAUGCUGCAGACGAGGCAAUUGGCAGCUAGGAUUGGAAUCACUGGGAGAAACGCAUAGGCAGACAACAUGCUCUACAACAUACAACAGAUGUCGAGGAAGGGUUUCGAUGUAUGAUCCGUCAACGGUUCACCGCUAGCUUGGUCACCGUGCGGCUGGG